CAAACAGCAUUUACAUGUAAACACUUUUUAGCUUCUUGGCUGGCUUUAAUUGAUAAGGAGAAAUUAAUUUACGAAAAGUUAACACCUUCACAAUUUCGAGGAUUAUUGCUGUAUCAAGUCUCGUACAAGCAGCAUGAUGAGUAUUCGCAGUGAAGAAUAUAAAUUGAUAGCGAAAUUGGGAAAUCUGAAGACUGUGGUUCAUCUUUUGAAAGCUAUUAAUUUUAAAAGUGUUGCCACUUGUUCUGCCUGUGAAAACGGUAUUAAAAUCACAGUUGAGGACGCAAAAUGCAUGCAAGCAACAGUUUAUCUUCCAAUUAGCGUAUUUCAAGAAUUCGUAUUAAAUGAGGAUGUUAUUUUUCAAAUUAAUCUCAAUGCAUUAGUCGAUUGUCUUUGUAUGUACUGGAGUAGCAUAAAUACUCAAGGAAGUGUCGUCGCCUUGCAAAUGUCUUAUAAGGGAAAUGGCAAUCCCGUUGUAUUGCUGAUUGAAGAAGAGGGAAUUAUAACAGAAUGUUGUUUACAGACAACCGAACCAGAUGAAUUGUUGAACUUUAAUCUUGAACCAGAAAAUAUUGUAAAUAAAAUUUAUCUUCAAACGGCAUUGUUAAAGGAUGUUCUUGCUGAACUCGAUCCAUCUAGCGAUUCAAUUGAGUUGGUUUUAUCUCCCAAUGCGCCUUAUUUUAAAAUAACAACAAAUGGAUUGGCGGGCGAUUGCACCAUUGAAGUUCCACAUGAUAGCGAAUUGGUGGACAGUUUUGAAUGUAAAGCGACAACUUCUUCAAAUUACAAAUUGCAGCACAUUAAACCUGUUGUAAAAGCUUUAGCUUGCAGUCAUCAAGUUUCAAUAAAAACUGAUGAUCGUGGUCUAUUGUGCUUUCAAUAUAUGGUGAAAACAGAAGAAGGCCAAACUUGUUUCAUAGAAUAUUUCAUGUCGCCAGUUGUGGAACUAAGUGAUUAAAUGUUAACUGAUUAGAAUAAAAAGACUCUCAUGAUAAUGAAAAAAAAUGUUUAAUAGUUAUAUUUUUAUACGUGUUUAAUGUAAUAAAAGAUGUUAAUUUAUUUCAUAAAA